UGGAACACGUUUCGCUCGCGCUGCCGUGUGCGCGUCCGCAGCUUGCUCGGCUGCUCCGGGUAGCCUUGCGCGCGGCAGAGCCGCGGCUUCCCUCUGAUCUCCGGCGAGGCGAACGGCAAGCCUCUCUCUCUCUCUCUCUUUUACCCCCCCUUGAUGUCUGCCUCUCACCCGGGCGAAACGCGCCGGGCCGCGUCCAGCCAAUCCUCGCUUUCCCGCGCGGCGCUUCCUCCCGCUGCCUUCAACCUGAGCGCGGCUCGUGAUCCCUCGACCGGGCACCCACGGCCCCGCGCAACCCGGGCUGCGGGGUAGGGAAGAGACUUGAACCUCCCGCCGGCCGAGGAGCUACAGGAGGCGGAAGGGAACGUGGAAGCGGCUCUGUGCGCCUUUCGGCUCGGGCUUCCUUCCCUCCCAUCGCCGGCUGCUCCUCAAAGUUUGCGGGGCUCGCUGGAGGAGGUCUGCGUGGCGCCUAGACACGCGCGGGUGGGGUCUCGGGGAAGGCACUUCGCGCUGGAGGGCUCCGCUCGGCGCCUUUUGGAAGAAGAAGAGGAGGAGGAAGAAGAAGAAGAGGAGGAAGAAGAGGAGGAACAGAAGGAAGAAGGAGGAGGAGGAGGAGGAGAAGAGGAACCGUUCUUGGGGAUUUAUUUUUCCAGUGGAUUUGGCGUCUCUCCCUGUUUUUUCAAAGCGAGCGGGUCGGGUCUUUUUGGGGGAGCCGGGUUUUUCUCGUGGAAAGAAAUUGGGGGAGCAGCAUGGUGGCCGGGAUGGGGGCGCUGCUUUGGGCUCCCCUCGGGCUGUUGCUGUCACUUCGGGCCGGAGCCGUUGACGUGAAAGCGCGGAGCUGCGGCGAGGUGCGGGAGGCGUACAAAACGAAAGGCUUCAGCCUGGUGAACAUCCCCUAUCAGGAAAUCGCAGGGGAACACUUGAGAAUCUGCCCUCAGGAAUACACAUGUUGCACUUCAGAAAUGGAAGACAAACUAAGCCAGCAAAGCAAACUGGAAUUCGAGAAUCUGAUGGACAAGACAAGCCAUUUUGUCCGCACCACAUUUGUAUCGAGGCAUAAGAAAUUUGAUGAAUUUUUCCGAGAGCUCCUGGAGAACGCAGAAAGAUCCUUAAAUGAUAUGUUUGUACGAACAUAUGGCAUGCUGUACAUGCAGAAUUCAGAAGUAUUCCAGGACCUCUUUAUAGAACUGAAACGAUAUUACACAGGAGGCAAUGUCAACUUGGAGGAGAUGUUGAAUGACUUCUGGGCCCGUCUAUUAGAGCGAAUGUUCCAGCUCAUAAACCCCCACUAUCAUUUCUCUGAGGACUACCUAGAGUGCGUGAGCAAAUACACAGACCAGCUUAAGCCUUUUGGAGACGUACCCAGGAAACUCAAGGUUCAGGUGACGAGAGCUUUCAUCGCAGCAAGGACCUUUGUACAGGGACUGACCGUGGGCAGAGAAGUUGCUAACAGGGUAUCUAAGAAUUUGGCCUUCACUCCUUCCGUAUUCACUGAUGAGGAUCACAUUCCACUUCAGGUGAGUCCCACCCCAGGAUGUAUCCGGGCAUUAAUGAAGAUGCUGUACUGCCCUUAUUGCCGAGGACUGCCCACUGUGAAACCUUGCAAUAACUACUGCCUCAAUGUAAUGAAGGGCUGCCUUGCAAACCAAGCGGAUCUGGAUACCGAAUGGAAUCUCUUUGUAGAUGCCAUGCUUUUGGUAGCAGACAGACUAGAGGGACCAUUCAACAUUGAGUCGGUUAUGGAUCCCAUUGAUGUCAAAAUUUCUGAAGCCAUUAUGAACAUGCAAGAAAACAGUGUGCAUGUGACUGGAAAGGUUUUCCAAGGGUGUGGACAACCUAAACCAGCUCCAGGCGUAAGAUCUUCUCGAUCGAUUCCUGAAAACUUCAACGCUCGCUUUCGACCUUAUAACCCAGAAGAAAGACCAACAACUGCUGCUGGCACCAGCUUGGACAGGCUGAGGACUAUCUGGAGGACAAUGCAACAUGGUGUAAUUGACAUUAAAGAAAAACUAAAGCUUUCCAAAAAGUUCUGGUCUACAUUACCCUACACCAUCUGCAAGGAAGAAACAGUGACUGCUGGCAUGUCUAAUGAAGAGGAUUGUUGGAAUGGACACACCAAAGCUAAGUAUCUACCUGAGAUCAUGAAUGAUGGACUCACCAAUCAGAUAAACAAUCCUGAGGUUGAUGUGGACAUCACCCGGCCUGAUACCUACAUAAGACAGCAAAUUAUGGCACUAAGAGUAAUGACCAACAAACUAAAAAAUGCAUACAAUGGGAAUGAUGUGAACUUUCAGGACACAAGUGAGGAAACCAGUGGCUCCGGUAGUGGAAGUGGCUGUACAGAUGACAUUUGUCCAACAGAAUUUGAAUUCAUCACCACAGAAACUCCUCUCAUUGACUCAGACAGGAGGGAAGUGGACUCUUCAGCCAGCCAGCCCAGCCCAUCCGUCCUCACGGGCUUCCUCCUUCUUACAGUCUUUCUCCUGCAAAGACACUGUAGAUAAUCCUGGCUCCGGUCAGCCCUGACUGCCUUUUAGCUAUUGCAAAAAGAACAGAACAGCCAAUUUGCUCCUUUUCUGAUGCCCUCACAACAACGGACCACACCACCAACCCUUACGGUUUUCUACCAGAAAAAAGCGGCCCUGCACCCUGCCCUGUUUGGCACUUUCACGGAGAGUGCUGGGGCCUAGAAGAGCCUUUUCUGGUUUCCAUCUGGGGAAGGCGAUGUCUGCUUCUCAGCGAUCUCUUCUCUCACACUUUUAUUCUAGAAGACUUUUCAGAAUAUGAUUUGCUUUUAUGCUUCAGAAAGUGGGGGGAGGUGUAGGGGAUCCGACAUGGGCUUUUAUUUUUAUUUCUUUUUUCCCCAUUAGAAAGAAAGAACGGGAAGAAGAAACACAUUGAAAAUAAAGCUAUUCCAAGGCCGAAUAAUAAGCACGUACAUAUGCACACACAGGAAAACCAAGCCUUCUUACCUAGGACACUUCUGUAUUGCACUUCAAAUCACCAAAAUGAUGUUAGUCACUGAGAGAAUAUCUUGGAGUUUGGUGUUUUGUUUUGUUUUGUUUUUUUGUAACACAGGUGUAACUAUGUUUAUUCUUAACUGUCAAUGGAAGAGUUGGGGGAGAGUUUUGAAGCAAAAAUAGGACACUUUCUGAGAACAAGAGUAGCACCUUCCUGCCCCUUUGCUCUCACCAGUUUGUGUUUGCCAACUAAGGAUUUUUUUGCAGUUGGUUUGAGCCAUGUUACAACAUGGACAUUAUGGGGGCAUCUGCAGGACGGUGUCAAAAAAGAAGUCAAAAUGGCAGCCAUGAUCAUGUUAAACAAAGCCCCUCCUCUUUUUAGAGGCCUACUGUGUUCAUAGAUUGAACAUAAAAAAGGGUGGGGCCAGAGGUAGGUUGCUACUGAUUCAUCCCGGCUCGGGCAAACUAGUAGCGGCGUGAGGCUCCGCCCACCCACCCGGACGCUUCUGCACAUGCGCAGAAGCAUUGCGCAUGCACCCACGAAUGAACCAGUAUAGACGGGUUUUGAAACCCGCCCCGGGGUGGGGCUUCAAUCACAUGCCUGUACCACAAUCUUGGCAUUUUUAACAAACCUCUGCAGACACUCCCCCCCCUUGUCCCCAAUCACCACCCAUCUGUAGCAUUUUUUUUAACAAUUCUUGAAUUUAAAACAUUAGACAGACCGUCCAUCCCACACACAAACAAAUCUCUUAUGAUAUACAGUAAUCUUUCUUUCUUUCUUACUUUCACUCUUGAUCUCGAACAAAAUUUUCUGAAUCCGUGCUAUUCAACAUACCCAAAUGGCCAAUUUAAAAGCAGCCAACCAUAGUAAUUGGGUCAAUGUCUUAACUUUUCAUAGAAACUACUUUCUUCCUAUUGUUUGUUGUAUCAAAAGGGAAUUCUCUCGCUGAACUAUUGACACUCCUACAUGUGCACGCACUCACACAAAUAUCUCUCUAUAUACAUAUAUAAUAUAUAUAUAGUACUGACACUCCGAAUUUAUUUCACUUUUUUAGUCUUAGUACGGCCAUCUAUUUUUAUAUAUAUGAAUAUAAAUAUAAAUAUAUAUAUAAAAAUCACAGAUUUUAACUUCUUAAUUACAAGCUCAGGGUUGACAUAUCUUUGUAGGGGGAAAAUGUUUUGUCAACCAGCUUUUUGUGCGUAUGUGUUGCUUGGGUAAAUGUCAUCCUUUCAUUAUUGACAAGUGCAAAAGUCAAAACAGGAGACUUUUGACUGCAUUUGGGAAUUAGAAACUCUGCCUAUUUCUUUAUAGCAGGAAUACGCAAUCAUUUUUUUUCCCCAGGCCUGCAAUCUGCAUUUGGUCUUUGAAUGGUAUGAUGUCAUGGAACGGCAUACACGGAGGACAUAUAAUAACAGUAACAGAGUUGGAAGGGACCUUGGAGGUCAUCUGCUCCAACCCCCUGCUCAUGCAGGAGACCUAUACUAAGGAUUUGAACCGCCAGACUGCCAACCUUUCUGAUCGACAAGCUCAGCGUCUUAGCCACUGAGCAACCUAGCCAGGCGGAGCCCAGGAAAUAGUUUUAAUCACAUUUUCAUUAAAAUAAGUUAAUUAAAUAAAAUUCAAAUACAGGGAGUUGUUGCUUAGCAUCUGCCUUGUACAGCAACUGCUGUUACUCUGAUAAAAAAGUAACAUUGCAGUUAAUUCUGUUUAACAUCUUUGCAGGUCUGUAAAGCAAAGGAAGCUGGAAUAAGAUCAUAAGCGCAAUUGCGGUUUCACUGAGUGAUCGCUUCACUUAAUUGCCAGUCUCAGUUGUGGUUGCUAAACUAGGAUUACCUGUAUUCCCCAUACAUUUGAUCAUUUCCACCUUUGGUCCUGUUAAGGUAUCAAUCUGGAGUAAUUCUGGAGACUCACUGAUAGUCCCGUCCAAUAUUUGUGGGUUUGCAUAAGUUCCCCAAAAAGGAUGUAGUGGCUCAGUGGCUAAGAUGCUAAGCUUGUCGAUCAAAAGGUCGGCAGUUUAGCAGUUUGAAUCCCUAGUGCCGCGUAAUUCCUGUUACUUGUCCCAGCUUCUGCCAACCUAGCAGUUCAAAAGCACAUAAAAAAUGCAAGCAGAAAAAUAGGGACCACCUUUGGAACAGCAUUCCAUGCGCCUUUGGCAUUUAGUCAUGCUGGCCCGCAUGACCGCAGAGACAUCUUCAGACAGUGCUGGCUCUUCAGCUUUGUAACGGAGAUGAGCACUGACCCCUAGAGUUGGGAAUAACUAGCACAUGUGCGAGGGGAAACUUUACCUAUAAGUUCCACAUGGAAAGGGAAGGUGUCCAAAAAGUCAAAUAUGCUCUUUUUUUUGAUAUCACAUGCAUAAUUCAUGCAAAAAAAAAGGGACUUUGACAACACGGUUGCAGUCGCUACCUUGAUUUUUUGACAACUGUCCAAGGAAGCCCCUUGCAGGGUUAACUCCAAACUCACGCAUUUGUGAAAAUCUGUCGGAUAUAGACAUGAGAAUACGUAGAACAGCUUGAUUUGGUAAUGAUAAUUGUACUCUUAUGUGCUUUCCUUUAAAGUUAAUUAACUGCAAAAGAGUUAAAAUAUCUGCAGGAUGCGUCUGGAUAACAGGAUCUGUAGUCUACUCUUAUGUGAUCCUGAUGGGCAUAUUUCAGGUUUGUUCCAUGAGAUCCAUUAGCCAAACCACUUAGAGAUGCACUUUGAUUUUCUUUAAAUAAUCAGAACUGUACUGGUCUCAUUUCCCUUCUACUCAAAAUUUCACUCUAGGUUCCUCCCGGCUUUCUUCCUUUGGGCAAUAGAAUCUAUAGCGGAGUAAGGAGCGAUGUAAUUGCUACGUUCCAAACAUUUGGGAAUUAGAAACCAGUCUCUUGUAAACCUCCUAGGGAAUAAUUAGUAAGUCUACAGCUGAUUUCUGCCCAGCCGGCCAUACAAGAGAACAAAAACCUUCCUGCCACAGUCCACAACUUUCAGCUUUUCAAAAGCUGUACCCUCCAGUCAAGCUAGACAUCACAAAGUUUUCUAGGGAAAAAGACAGAAGUAGUUUGCUGUUGUUCUCUUCUAUGCUGUCCUUGUGACAGUCCUGUGGCCAUAGCAGAGGUGGGUUUCAGCAGGUUCUGACCAGUUCUGCAGAACCAGUAGUGGAAAUUUUGAGUAGUUCAGAGGACUGGUAGUAAAAAUUCUGACUGGCUCCCGCCCCCAUCUAUUCUCUGCCUCCCAAUUUCCAGCUGAUCGGGAGGAAAUGGGGAUUUUGCAGUAACCUUCCCCUGGAGUAGGGUAGGAAUGGAGAUUUUGCAGUAUCCUUCCCCUACCACGCCUACCUAGCCAUGCCACACCCAUCAAGCUACACCCAUAGAACCGGUAGUAAAAAAAAAUUGAAACCCACCACUGGGCCAUAGUGAUCUCCCAUCUGAGUUCUAAUCGGGGCCAGCCACACAAAGUUUCUGAUUUCAGACAGUGGCAGCCACUUGCAAAGACCCAGAUACUGGUGAACCAACCUCGUGUUGGAGAGAAAAUGUCGAUCACGUAGCUGUCUUGAAUUCUGCUGACUGUGAAAUUCUGGGAAUUGAAGUCCACAGACCUUAACAUAAGUGAAACGCUGAUCUAAAAGAUGCUGAAAGUCAACUGGUGGAAAAUAAUUGCAAACAUGUGGAAUCUGCCCAUUGUAGCACCCUCUAUUCACAUCUGUACAGAUGAUUUACUGACAUUUUCUGAAUAGGUGUCUCCUCUGGUAAAUUAGCCACAUUCACUUUUCUCAAGAUUAAGGAAAACAUUAAGUCUCUACAUUCCAAGAUUUCUUGCAAUACUUUUUGUUUUCUGAUGUUACCCAAUAUAUACUUCACCCUUCCUCAAGCUAUUUUCUCCUGAAAUGUAGCUCUUCUGAUUCCUAGCAGGCAUAUUAAACAUGUCUGAAAAACAGCUGCUUGAACAGCUGUUUUUAUAUUGAUUGAACAUUAAAGGUGAACACCUGGAAGAUGGGGUGUGAGGAAGUGCUCUGGUUUGGAUCCAUCCUGAGCUGUAUCUGGUUAUGCAGUUAUAUGAUUACUCUUUGUACCCCAAGUACCAUUCUGUCCUCAUUGUCACUGAUGCGUUUUAAUUGGGGGUCCAGCUAUGCCAAAAUGGCUGUUGUGUCUCUCCAUUAGCAAAGAUUUGGCCCAAAUUUGAAGAAAACAUGUGAUCUCAUUGUAUGCUUGGUUUCCCAUGGCUGAUUUAACUUGAGGGUAGCAGGCACAGCCUGAGCUUCUCAAAAGAAAUAUUUGAUUCUGAGCAGGAUCAGCCCAAAGACAGCUCUGAUGAAAAUGCAGAGAGCUAUGCAGUAAUCAUGAUUCCAUCUCCAAAACCAGAGCUGAUGCCGAUGGAUGUUGUUAAAUAACACCAAACUCAGAUAGCAUGUCUCCAUUUAAUCGUCUUGACUGUGUGAAUUAUCAUGUGAGUUAAAAUCAGGAAUGAAUUUGUCCUGUCAUAUUUCUCUGUUUACUUCUUCACAGUAGGUAUUAUGACUGCUUUGUGUAAGAUGUGCACAAGGCUCUCAAAUAUACCCCCUUAGAGGUUAAAUUGUCUUUUUUCUCAUAUGUCACAUUGCCUUGGAAUGUGAAAGAGCUAUUAAAUCUACCAAGUGUGUUGAAUUUCAGAAUUAGGAAAUAAAAAUGUAAAAACCUGGUGCUUCUUAAA